AUGUCAAACAAGUUCGCACUGAUCUUUGCCCUGGCAGCCCUCUGCUGCCUGGCAGCAACAACUGAGGCAGCUGCUCAGCGGCGCAACGGGCUGACGCGCACGCCCAUCGUACAGGAGGAUGAGAUCAAGUCCACCGAUGUGGACAACCAAGAAGAGGACGAGAACCAAAUCGAAGAGGAGGCCGACCAGGAGGAGGAUCCUGAAAAGACGGACCCAAUCGCGGUGCAGUCCAACGAGCAUCGCAACACCGCCGUCGAUACUAAGCCAAAGCAAACUGUUGCUCGGCCCAGCAACGAGGACGGCCGUGCCAGGCGUGUAAUCCGCAGGCGAGGUGGCAAGCGCCGCAACAGGAACAACCGUCGUCGUCGUGGCGGUCGUCGUCGUCGUGCAGGCCGCAAAAAUCGCGCUGGCGUCCGUCGCACCGUCAGAAGACGCAUGGGCAGGCCACUGAGAGGUUAA